UCCGCCCCUCCAGGUGCGCGUGGCUGGAGCCGGCGAACAUGGUGGGCACCUGUCUUCUCAGCCAGGGUUUGAGUACCCUGGCAGGGUUAUUGCUCUUGCCCUUCGGCAGCUUGGCCGCUAGUCAGAUCGAGGAUCAAGCAGAACAGUUCUUUAGAAGUGGCCAUACAAACAACUGGGCAGUUUUGGUAUGUACAUCUCGAUUCUGGUUUAAUUAUCGACAUGUUGCAAAUACUCUUUCUGUUUAUAGAAGUGUCAAGAGGCUAGGUAUUCCUGACAGUCACAUUGUUUUGAUGCUUGCAGAUGAUAUGGCAUGCAAUCCUAGAAAUCCUAAACCAGCUACAGUGUUUAGUCACAAGAAUAUGGAACUAAAUGUGUAUGGAGAUGAUGUGGAAGUAGAUUAUAGAAGUUAUGAGGUAACUGUGGAGAAUUUUUUACGGGUAUUAACUGGGAGGAUUCCAUCUAGUACGCCUCGGUCAAAACGUCUUCUUUCUGAUGAUAGGAGCAAUAUUCUUAUUUAUAUGACAGGACAUGGUGGAAAUGGUUUCUUGAAAUUUCAAGAUUCUGAAGAAAUUACCAACAUAGAACUUGCAGAUGCUUUUGAACAAAUGUGGCAGAAAAGACGCUACAACGAGCUACUGUUUAUUAUUGAUACUUGUCAAGGAGCAUCCAUGUAUGAGAGAUUUUACUCUCCUAAUAUAAUGGCUUUAGCUAGUAGCCAAGUGGGAGAAGAUUCACUCUCGCAUCAGCCUGAUCCUGCAAUUGGAGUCCAUCUUAUGGAUAGAUACACAUUUUAUGUCUUAGAAUUUUUGGAGGAGAUUAAUCCAGCUAGCCAAACUAAUAUGAAUGACCUUUUUCAGGUAUGCCCCAAAAGUCUGUGUGUGUCUACUCCUGGACAUCGCACUGAUCUUUUUCAGAGGGAUCCUAAAAAUGUCCUGAUAACUGAUUUCUUUGGAAGUGUACGGAAAGUGGAAAUUACAACAGAGACUAUCAGUUUGCAGCCCGAUUCAGGAAUCAUGGAAAGCAGCUAUAAGAAAGAACAAAUGGAUGAGGAACUAAUAGAACCUCUGAAAUAUGCUGAACAACUUCCUGUAGCUCAGAUAAUACACCAGAAACCAAAGCUGAAAGAUUGGCAUCCUCCUGGGGGUUUUAUUCUGGGAUUGUGGGCACUCAUUAUCAUGGUUUUCUUCAAAACUUACGGAAUCAAGCACAUGAAGUUCAUUUUCUAGAUGCGAUGAUGUAUGAAGAAGACUGCGUGAAAGACUACAACCUUGAAUAAAAGUUCAUGUCAAUAUAUUUUUUAAAAUACAUUGCUCUUAUGUGACUUGGCAGAAAGUAUAAGAAAGCUGUAAAUUUGAAUGAACUAUUGCUUUUAUAACUUGAAAAAAAGUAAUUGUUAAUGCAAGUGUUGAAUAACACUGAAUAUAUUUCAGUUUUGUAUGUUAUUAAAAUAUUGGGACAGAGAGAUCAGAAUAUACUCACUGACUUUUUUUGAAAAUGAGAAUUUCCCCCUGUUUUAUCCCCUUUUCAUUUGGAAAAGAAAAAAAUGUGAAGACAUUAAAUUUCUCACUAGCAGGGGUA